UGCGCAAUCGUGUCCUUCGCCUCGUGAAAGAGUUCUGGCACAGUUCUACGUCGACCAUCAAGACCAUCAGAAGUCCUUGAGAAAAGUCAGUUUAAACACAUUCGCAAUCGAAAAGAAAAAAAAAGUCAGACAACGACGAAAGUAAUUUCCAUCACCGAGUGAGCCAGUGCUGCAGACGAGAAUUUCGAUACCUUGAAAUCGAGGGUCUUUCAAGUUCUGAAUUCGCAAGAUUAAAAACGUUUCGAGCGCGCAGAGUUGAAAACACGAGAGCUUGAACUUAGUUCUGCUGCUAGGAGAGGAGCCGACAAUCAAACUCCGGUGAUUGCUGCACGAAUCUUCGAAAGUUCCCGCGACACAGUGACCGCGAUUUGUUUCAUGUCAUGACGGACGUGAACAGUAACAAAGUGACCAGCGAGUCUUCGAGGAAGUCGUUCGAGCACGCGAAGAAGGAGCUACGCUCGAUAGUGGCGAGGAUCGAGGAAACGGCAACCCUUUCAAGCAGGUCUGUGAAACUGUUUCGCGCUCAAUGCCUCCUCAGACACGGUGGCUCGAAACUCCCCAGGAAACACCUGUGGAUCCUGCUGAUCCUCGCGUGGAUUCUCGGCCAAUUCCUUUGGAAUUACAUGCACACCGUUCGCUACGACAAGUGCCUGGCUGAGCUGCCGUCGUUCGCGCAGAAAAUAUUCCGGCCAGCCGAGGACUGUUCGAUGUGCCGGGACGUUCAACAGGUUGACAGGAUAUCCAACGUGGAUCCUGCCAUUUUCGAGGAACGAUACGCGUACUCUGGAAGGCCAGUGGUGAUCACCGAUGCAAUGUCCAACUGGACGGCGACGGAAGUAUUCUCGUUUUCCUUCUUCAAAUCGUUGUACGACGGAGAGGAUGCGAAUUGCCAGUUCUUCCCCUACAAAACCGAAUUCAAAAGCCUUCAGGACGUGUUCGAGAUGAGUGCCAGUCGGUCGUUGUUGGAGAAAGGGACGAAGCCGUGGUACGUCGGUUGGAGUAACUGCGACGAGGAAAUCGGCAGCGUGCUCAGAAAACACUAUCAAAGGCCGUACUUUCUGCCUGUCACAGCAGAGUCCGAGAAGACCGAUUGGAUUUUUAUGGGCAGCCACGGUUAUGGCGCCCCUAUGCACGUGGACGACGUGGAGCAUCCAUCGUGGCAGGCUCAGAUCAAGGGUGAGAAACUGUGGACCCUGGAGCCACCCAGAGAGUGUCAUUACGCUUGCAACGCGUUGGAAGUUGUGGUGCAUCCCGGCGAGAUAAUUGUCCUGGAUACCAAUCGCUGGUACCACCAAACGACAAUCGUCUCCGAGGAGAUGAGCAUCACGAUCGGAGCAGAGUACGACUAGAGAGGAAGAGAAACGCGAAGGAUGGAAUGUUUCAAGGGCGUUCUAAUCGUUGCGACGAAUUUUAACGGUGUUAAGUGUCACGAGGAUUAAUAAAGUUAUUUUGUCUUGAUCUCCGCGAGUUCCUGCACCUGCGAAUAAUCUGCGGACGGAAACUUUGAUCAGCUGUUCCAUUCUGAUCAUUUCUGCAGAAAGUGUUGGCACGUUCGAUGUAGAAUUGUCUUUUAUAGUUUCAUGAAAGAAAAGUCAUAGAGCGGUCCUGUUGGCCUCAUUUUGAAGUGUAAAGACGUCUCUAUUUUGACGUUAGUUUUCUUACUUCUUUUUUUCUUUUUUUCUUCAAGUUGUUUUCAAGUACAUCAUGCAACAAGUGAGAAGGCAAAGAUGCAUUCGUACUCGAAAAUUGUAAGACUUCAAAUGUCACCAGAAACGAUAAAAAAUUCUUCUCUUUCAUCUUUACAACGAUCUCUUGAAACCUGCUGUACGAUAUUUUUUCUCGCCGCUUUAUCGAAUCUUGAACGGUAAAGUUCAAAUGGGAAAACAUUAGGAUUCCUUGAAUUUUUAUUCGUUUAACUCUGACGCGCAAGAUUCGAUAAGAUAAUGUCGAACAUUAAGUUUUGCUGAAUCGAUGUAAAGACUUCAAUCUUCAAGAUUUGGUAACGAAGAAAAAUUCCAAUGAAUGGAGAACAUAUAACGAAGCAAGAACAUG